CACAGGAGCGCGAGGAGGCCACGUGUUCGGUGCGUAAAGGUGCGUAAAAGUGGCAUCGCACGACCCUGCUGUGAUUCUUCUACUUGCGCGUUCUGCGCAGGUGAUUUUCGGCAUUUCACUUCAGCGACUACAUGGCUCUGCAUGGAGUAGGAAAACUGUCACACGCUGUGGACCCACUUCCGGUGAUGGAGAAGCCGAGGGACCGCUACCGGUGCCGCUAAGCUAGCGACGACUCAGCCCGGCCGAUACACCGAGAGAAAGAGAGAGAGCCGCGGGGGAAGUGAGGACGGGAGACAGAAAGCGAGGGGAGGAGAAGACGAAAACGGAUAAUGGACCGGAGGGAGAGGAUGGAAACGGUCGAGCAGCUCGUCUCUUUCCACCACAUUCAGGUCCAGUUGAGCGGGGGCGCGCCCUGGGGGUUCACGCUGAAGGGAGGACUGGAGCACGGCGAGCCGCUCAUCAUCACUAAAAUCGAGGAUGGAGGGAAGGCGGCCCAUUGCAAGAAGCUGAAAGUUGGCGACGAACUCAUCAACAUAAACGGAUCUGCCCUCUACGGCAGCAGACAGGAGGCCCUCAUCCUCAUCAAGGGAUCAUACAGGAUACUGAAGCUGACAGUCAGGAGACGCAGCGUCCCUCUCAUCAGGCCUCACUCGUGGCACCUGGCGAAGCUAUCGGAGCUACCCGUCCCUCCCCCUCCUCCGUCUCCUCCUCCUCUGCCCUGCCCCCCCUCUGCCGACUCCCCUCCUCUCCCCCCUCCUCCGCCUCCGGCUGCCAUGCAGCUCCACCCCGGCCCCUACACAUUACCCUGGCACACAACUGACAACAGUGACUUGUCCAUGCAGUGGGGUCAACUGUCAAGACCUUACUCCUCCACUGACCGAAGCAGUUCCCUGGGAUCCAUGGAGAGCUUGGACACGCCGACACCCACCACGCAGCCAUACUCCGACUCCCAUAAUUCACCCGUGGAUCCCACCCUCUUCAACAACAAGAGAGACUCUGCCUACAGUUCUUUCUCUGCCAGCUCAAACACAUCCGACUACACAACUGUGCCGCUAAGGCCCGGUGAAGCCUGCUCCAUGGAUAACCUCCUCCAGAGCCUCGGGCCGGCUUGUCGAGGCUGCCCAGGUGGUGAUACCUCAACCCUGGGGAGUUCAUCUUGCGAGGCUCCGGAUGAGAUGCAGCUGAUUGUACACAAAACCAGGUCACUGACCAGGCCAAGGCCGAGGCCUGUCCAGGUAAAAGAGAGGCCUUCGUCCUGCUGUUAUGAGGUGGAGCGGAGGGGAGGAGACUUUAAGAUCAUAAGAAAUGGAGAAGGAGGAACAGAGAGAAGGAUGAACCCUCCUCAGCCUCCAACCAGGAAGGACAGUUUUAGGGCAACUCGAGGUCGCCCUAAUGCCGCCAACAAACGUUGUGCUUCUGCUCCGAUUGAAAUUUCCAGUGUUUCUUCUUACUAUGAUGAAAACAAGUCCUCUCUGAAUGUUGAAUCAGGAAUUCAAAACGGCUUCCCUGCAUCAGAAGAGAGUGACAAAACUGGGAAUUUCAAAGAGGAUACAUUAGACUCGCAUUACAUCCAAAGAGAGACUAAAGACAUUAGGCAUAUCAGAUGUGACACUAGUGCUAAUAAAGACUACAAUUUAGAGUCCAACUCAGAUCACAUUUCUGACCAAGUGACAGCUUCCCUAGUUACCAUCACCUCCUCUCAUCAUGGCUCUUUACCUGCAGAAUCCUCCAUGGAAGUUCAAGGGCAGUCUGAUAUCAUGCACUCCCAGACCAAGCACUCCUCUUCUGGGCUGCACCGGAACAGUGCCCCCGAGAAGCUCCUCGCUACACAACUUCAGUUAUUGCAGUUUAAAAGUGACAGCUCUUCAUUGGACCCUAACAAUCCGUCAAACCCUUCUGAUCCCUUCUUGUCCUCUUGUAGCAGUCAGUGGUCCCAUUCCUCACUCCAGCCUGCAAGGGAAGACCAAGAAGCUUCUCAUAACCACCUGCAUGCCCCAUCUAACAAAUGGGGAGGCAGCCGUUGUUCGACCCCAGGAUCUGUGUUCCUUGAAGGGGAUGGUGAUGAUGGCGAUUCAAGUGAAAGGCUGGAAGGGAUGAGUGUAAACGGCGGGUCCCUCUCUCCAAUUCAGCAUCAUCACCCUUGGGGCCGCUCUGUGAGCGUGCCAGGAGACCCCAGUGGAUCAUCAACCCAGGGAAGGUUGAGCUCUGACCGGAUACUGGAGAGAGAUUUCGAGCCUAUUAGUGCUGCUGCCAGUAUGGAUACUUUACUGGAGGAGCAGAGUGCAGUGGACAGAGCAAGAAGUGGAGAGAAAAAAGAGGAGGAUGUAGAAGGACAGGCAGCUAUGAAGAAGUCAAACUCAUCGAGAAACCAUAGACGGAACCGUCGUCGUAGUGAGCGAUUUGCAACUAACCUCCGCAAUGAGAUACAGAGGAAAAAAGCCCAGCUUCAGAAGAGCCGUGGCCCAGGGGGGUUGCUCUGUAGUGGGGAGACUGUCCAGGAGGAGGAGGGUCCAGACCUCCAUGAAGAGGAGGCAGACCCAGAUGUGCCUACCCAGGAAUGUACCAAAGUUGCAAUUGCCUCACUUGUAAGCCCCCAAGAUGUCUGGACAACAGCGCCAGUCGAGAAAUCAAACACUUCAAGUGAAUCAAUCCCUGAAACCUUGCAAACUCAGCCUCAGUUAACAACCUACACUCAAAACAACCAUAUGUCCAGGUCUGUCCAGAUUCUGGACCCAGGCGUGCCCAGUUUUGGUGUUGGCAUCCGAGUCGUGGAAGAACCAGCUCCUGCCGGCAAAGCCCGCCGCUGGCGUUGGACCCCUGAGCAUAAACUCCAACCAGAACCAGAACCGGACCGACGGUCUAGAGUCUUGGGUGAGAGGGAAUUAGGAGUAACAGGGUCACGGCACGGGGUUUGUGCCUUCACCUCCUCCUCUAAGUCCUCCUAUAGUCGCUCCUCUUCAUGUUCUCGGAUGGAGGAGUCUGAUAUCCUUCCAUUUGCAGACAGAAUGAAAUUUUUCGAGGAGACGAGUAAGGGCAUGGCUGGGUCAAAUGUUUCGAGUUUGUCGAGUCGUAGGCAGAAGAAAUCCCCCAACUGUCAUGAGCACCAGGGCGGGGAGCUCGCUCUGCACCCAACACAAAGGAGAUACUCCUACCAGGGGGGACUUCAGCAGGAAAGUUCCAUGCUCUCAAACACUAUGGAGGCCAGAAGGCAGUCUGUGAGUAGCAGCAGGGAGAGGCAGAAAGAGAAGGAGAGGGAACAAGUGAGGGAGAGGGAGGAGAGGGCAAGGGAACGAGAACGGGAAGAGAGGUUGAGAGAAAGGGAGAGGCAGCAGGAGAAGGAAAGACAAGAGAGGGAACUAGAAAUGGAGAGGGCAAGGCUGAGGGAGAUUCAGCAGGAGAGGGAACGAGAGGAGAGGGUGAGACAAUGGGAAAGGGAAAAUGAGAGGGAGCUUGAGCUGGAGAGAGAAAAAGAGAUGGAGAGGACCAGAGAUAAGGAACGACUCAAAAAAGAAAGAGAGAAAGAGCUUGAGCGAGAAAGAGAAAAGGAAAGGGAAGAAGAUGCUCAGCUCACCUCACAUCAGGAGUUUUAUGGCAAUUCUGGCGUCAAAGAAAAUCAUCAAGACUUCCAAAACAAGGACAGCUACCAAAACGUCCAUCCCAAGCUUCAGGCAUUCUCCCAUAGCCAAACCCCGAACCAAGUCCCACGAUCAGCUUUUCAUCCAGUCAGCACCACUUCCCAGCACCUGGAAAACCAGCAACCUCUGCACCAGGGAUACACAGCAAGGAGCUACACACCUACAGAGACGUAUCCCGCCCGGCAACAGGAAACUACCCAGCUCAACAGGAAAUACAGCCUGACUGACAGGGACUACCCAAGCUGGAAACGGGAGUCCAGACCACCAGAGAGCUCCAGCCAGCACCAGCAGCAUCCUCAGAAGAGUCGAUGGGGCCCCCGACAAGUCAACAGCAGCAGCAAUGACCGCAACGGAUAUGCGUUGGCUCCCCCGCCGGCUCCUCUUGCGCUACGGGGACGAGCCAUGUCCGAAAAUGACCUGCGCUUUGACGGCAGCCACCGCUGGUCACCGUCGAUUUCUGCAGCGACCAGUCAGACCCUGAGCGAGGUGGAGGAAGGAGCGGGCAGCGUCAGGGGAGGAGAGGCAGGAAGCACUGCCAGGCAAAACAGGAAGAAGACGCCGCCUCCCCCGAGACCGCCGCCCCCGAAAUGGGAACAGUUCCACCGCAGGCGUGCAUCUCACCACACCCUGUUUUCCUCCUCUCCUUCAUCUGCUGCUCCUCACUCCAUCCCUCCCUCCUUCAACACAGCAGAGGGACACUAUUCAACUCACUCCUCCCCAGACAUCCCUUCUCCUGAAACGUCCAGGCAGAGGUCCUACAGUCUUCCGCCAGAGAGGCAGGAGGUGAUGGAGGGCUGCCCUCGCUGCAGCUGCAACCAAACGCAAACCCAGGAACCCCCCUUUCCCCACGCCCCGUCCAAUCAGAAUCAGGCUCAGUUUCAGGAACGGUCCUUUACUGUUGCUCCGCCCAGUCCUAUGUUUUCGAGACGGGCCUUCAGACCGGUGGCCCCGCCCCAGAGGGAGAGGGAAGGGAACCUGAGGAGCUUCUAUGGAGGACAGCAGGAGAGGGCGGAGGAUCUGUCAUCUCUACCACCACCGGCACCUGCAGCAGACAGUAGUAUGAGCAGUUCAUCUGAGAUUUACAUCCGCCACAGCCCGGACCAGGACAGGAUAACAAUGAAACCUCACAAACAGCAGCACAGUGUGAGACCUGGAGCCGAGUGGGAGAGAUCCUCAUCUCCCAGAGUUCAUAACGAAACAGCGCUUCCUCCUGAUGUAGAAAAUGGAGGUGUUGGUGGGGUUUUACCUUCUGAAUCCUACUUUGGCGCAGACUAUGCGCAGCAGCAACCGCUCCGUAUGAACAGAGGCUUCCAGACUGAAGAGCAGCAGAAGAUCCCAGAACCAGGAACCGAAUCUGAGACGACCCUCAGCCCAAGUCCUGCGCACAGCCUUGAGGGCGACCUGGACGUUCCAAUGGAAACUGACAUCGAUGAUUUCCAGGAGGAGGAGCUUCCGGCAGAGGUCGAGCCGCUCACCAGCGAGCUCCCGUGCUUCGCGCUGCCAGUUACGGUCGUGGAGACGGACAUCGACACCAUGGCGGAUUCCGAGGCCUCGCCAUCGGGCAGGACGAGGGCGGAGAGCAGCUCUCUGGAGGAGGAGCUGGAGACCGGGGAGAGCAGCAGAGAGAGGGUCAGCCUGGAGGAGCUGUUCCCCCAAAGCAGUGAAGGAGAGUCGGGCACAGAGAGCUGGAGAGGUGCCUACCAAACCACGGAGCACAACACCGACAGCUUGGAUAGGCGGUCUGGUGCGAGCUCCAGCUGUUCGUCCUAUUAUAGCACGUCGGCAGCCAAGGCUCAGCUCCUGUCACAGAUGAAGGACUUCACUGAUAACAGAGAGAGGGACGAGGACGACGAGCUGACUUACAAGAAGCAGCUGAUGGAGAGCCUCCGCAAGAAGCUGGGAGUGCUGAGAGAAGCUCAGAGGGGGCUGCAGGACGACAUCAGAGCCAACGCACAGCUGGGAGAGGAGGUGGAGGGCAUGGUGGUGUCGGUGUGCAAGCCCAACGAGGUGGACAAGUUCCGCAUGUUCAUCGGCGACCUGGACAAGGUGGUCAGCCUGCUGCUGUCGCUGUCCGGGAGGCUGCUGAGAGUGGAGACCACACUGGAUACACUGGACCAUGAGACGGAGCACCACGAGAGGCUCCCCCUGCUGGAGAAGAAGCGUCAGCUCAUGAGGCAGCUGUCGGAGGCCCAGGACCUGAAGGACCACGUCGACCGCCGCGAGCAGGCCGUCAGCCGGGUGCUGGGCCGCUGCCUGUCCCCCGAACAGCACAGAGACUACAGUCACUUUGUGAAGAUGAAGGCCGCUCUGCUGGUGGAGCAGAGGCAGCUGGAGGACAAGAUCCGGCUGGGAGAGGAGCAGCUGAGGGGGCUGAGGGAGAGUCUGGGGCUGGGGCUGGGAAUGGGCAUGGGAAUGUCGAUGGGAUACGGACAUUAUUGAAAAAAAAAAAACAAAAGAUCUGAAGAUAUGAAGAAGAAGGGCUGUAGUCCCAUUUACUGUAUUUUGAAUCAGUUUCAAGACAGGGCAUGAAAGGGGUCCAGACUAAAAGAAAAACCAGAUCAAACAGAGUCCACUUUGAGAUUAAAAGUUUGUUGUGAGUUUCUUAAAGGAACAGCUUGACAUUUAGUAAAUGACUUCAUUUAAGCUUAGCUUAGCACAAAGCAUGGAAACAGGGGGUAACAGCUAGCCUGGUUCGGUCCAAAGGGAACAAUAUCGGCCCACCGGCACCUCUAAUGCUCAAUAUUUACAUGGUUCUGUGGCUGACUACUUGUUGGCUGGGCCCGGCGACGCCCUGGAGUCUUUAUGCUAAGCUAGGCUAAUUGUCUCCCGCCCGUAGCUCCAUAUUUGGCAACCCAAAAUGUCGAACUGUUCCUUUGAAGAUUAGCAGAGACACAGAUUCAGAGGUUCCAGCGCCAAACCGAGCCACUAGAUUUGACUCCAACAUUUGAUAGUGGAGACCAGGUCCAAGAGAAGAUCAAAAAGAAGAAAGAGUGGAUUUUAGUGCAAAGCACUGAGAAGAAACUAGGAAAGUUGGAUCCGCAGAAACGUCUGCAGUUCACUCCUCCUCUCUUCUGAAGAGCAAAGCAUGAUAUCUUCAUUCCCUAGAGACCUCGAUAAUCCGAUAAAUCUCCAAAUACAGCAGAAACAUAUCAGCAGCGUAUGUCCAGAGCUGUGAUUUGAGAGCGGAGUGCGUGUGGACAGAUGGGAAAGGGGGACGAAUGGAGCGCCGAGAUCCUCGUUUGUUAUCAGGACGUCUGAAGAAGAGGAUUUCAGCCAAGUAAAAGACCGAAACUGAAGUGAGGCUGUCGCUACGCGUUUCACCUGGUGCUUCACGUUUUGUGCCUGAAACCUGUACUGUGAAACUGUGCUCACGACUCUACACUUCUUCUACACAUUAUCACACUAUGUUGCCAAAGACGUUUUUGCUUGAUGAAUGUGCCACUGAGACGCUGCUUUUUUUUUUUUU